GUCUCUUCAUCCAAUGUCUGGCACAUGUAAACUCCAGCACUGCCCCCUGCCGAGGGUGUCAUCGGAAUUCCCUGGACAAAAUCACAGCAAAGACAAGACAGAUGGAAAAGGAAGCCAAGGAGCUGUUCAGGUCCUAUUUGACUCACCAGGGCUUGCUUACGUCCGAGCUUCGCCGACUCUGUGAUGAGGCUAUACAGUGGUUUCCUACAGAGAAUAUAACAGACCAGCCAAAGAUGGUCAUGCUGCAGGAGCUAUACCGGACUCUGGUGCACAUGAAGGACGCCCUCGAGAACAUCAAAAAGCAGCAGCAGGUGCUGAGCACCCCAGGUGCUGCACUACUUGGCAGACUCGAAAGCACUCAGUGGGCGGUGAGAGGGCUUCUCUCCAACACUUUCUGCGCCCUCUGUCUCAAGGGCGUCUUGCCCAACUCCAGGCGCACCCCAGAGAGACCUGCAGUCACUAACACUUUCCAGCAAAAGAUUGACGGAUGCAAAGUGCUCGGGAACUAUAGCAAGUUCCUGGAGAAACUGGCCAGGGGCUCGGGGAAGAAAGCGCCGCAGGCACUCAGAGAUCAAAGGAAAAGACGGAAAGGCACAAAAAGAAAGGAGGGUUCCUCGCACUCCUGAAUGAACCACCCAGGGGGAGCCAGGGAACCCUAGAUGGCUGCCGCCCAGACCUGGUAGUAGGGACGGAGCUAGGUUUCCAAAAAACACUUGAAUGAAAUACACAACUCCUGUAUAACCCUGAGAAGUGGCUGCACAGGAGCUCAGUACAGGAACACCAGAGCCAUGUCACGGUCUGGUCCCACACUCAAUGUGCCAGGACAGACAGUCCCUUGGGGCCAGAUCGGCAAAGUGCUUGGCAUGCAGCAGCCACCAUUGCUCUGGGGAGUGGGAAGGAUUCUCUGUUGUUCUCAAGCGGUUGGAGGGGUUUCUCCUUCAGUCUCAAUGGGAGCUGCUGGGGGCCAUGCACUUAUGGAAAGCUUGCCUGAGAGCUUCCAGAUACCUCUGCACAGCGUACAGAAGCCAAGGCGCCUUUUUUCUUAUCAAAAGCACUACCAGAUUCUGCAGGAAUGGUUCAUUACUGCAUUGUUUGAGAUCCUUUACAGUAGAAUAGGCUGGAUCCAAAUGCACAAAGAACCAGCAUCUAUUCCAGGGGUGGGCAAACUAUGGCCCAGGGGCUGCAUCCAGCCCUUCAGACAUUUUAAUCCAGCCCUUGAGCUCCUGCCAGGGAGCAGGGUCAGGUGCUUGCUCUGCCCGGCUCCCGGAGGCAGCGGCAUG